AUGGAUGUUUAUUUGGUGCAGGUAAUGAAUUUUUGAGUAAUUUAGAUGUAAAAAAUGGAUUCUAAAGGAGUUUCUGAAACUUUGAAUGACAAAAUUACUGAAUUUCCCUGAAACUUGCUCAGAAAACUAAUAAUUCAGGUUUUAUCGAUUUUGUGAUGUAAAAAUUGUUUAUUCGAGUAUUUUUAGCUGAAAAAUAUGCAUUUUCAAAUUAUCGAUUUUUGCAAAUUUCCAGUGAAGCUUCAACCUGAAACUUUUUAAUAAUAAUGAAAACCGUCAACAAUGGCGAACAUUUGAAAUCGCUCUAUUUUCCCGCCAAUUCCCCUCGGGACCAAACAUUCUUUUUUAUUUCUCGUCAAAAUUACCACGUCACUGAAUUUUUGCGCCAAAACCACAAAUCACAGAAAAAGGCAAGCGCUUGCCCCCAGCUAAAUUGCAAAUAACUUUACAUUAAUCACAUGUUGCCAAGGUCAUAUUUCAUACUUUCUUUCUAUUUUUUUGUAUACAAAAGAUUAUAGCUUGGUGUUUUUAGGCCUAAAAUUGAGUUUUGUGGGGUUUUCAAGUUUAACACUCAUAAUUUUCAUCCUUAAAAUCCCUAAAAAUCAUCCAAGAAUCUUUGAUAAUUCUACCCAAAACCUUUCUAUGCCUAAAAACCCUCUAUUCUCAUUUUUGCAGAGACAAAUGAAUACGGGAAAUAGGCGACGUGACAAUUCGAUGGGUUUGGUGAAUUUUUUGUCGAAAUCGUCAAUCAUUUCACUCGAUGCCUAUAUUGCCAUCUCGACAAUUGUCACGAUUAUUGGAGCUGGAAGUGUUGCCACCGCUUUUCAUUCACAGCCUGAGGUUGGAAUAUUCUGGGGAUGGGAAAAUUUAAGAUUUUGAGUAAAUUUGGAGCAUUUUAAUAUCAAAUUUGAUAGGAAAGUGUGAAAAAUCAUAUCAUUCAUGAUUUUUGAGAUCAUUAAAAAUUCUGAAAAUGUUUAAUUUCAGUCUAAUUUUGAUCUUAUUCGAGUGAAAAUUUUAAUUUUUCGUUUAAAAAAACUUGAAAAAUAUUAUUUUCAAAACGUGACCUUUUUUUGCAACGUGAAAAAAUCGAAAACGAAGUUUAUUUUUCAAUUUAAAAAUGACAAAAAGUGAGUGAGAAUUCUGAAUUUUCAACCAAAAAAGUGUUGAAAAUUAGCUAAAAUUAUAAGAAUCUGGUUUUUUGAAGUUGAAAAAAUCUAGGGAAGUUAUUGAUUUUUCAAACUGGGAAUUUCUUGAACUUUUAGGUUAAAAAUAUUUUUUUUUUUGAAUUCAAAAUGACUCAAUUCUCUUGAUUUUUAUCCCAGAAUCACUCAAAAGUUUAAUUUUGUGAAAAAUCAUCAAAUCGUGUUCCAAAAAUUCAAAAUUUCCCAUCAUAACUCUAAUUGUACAGCUCCAACGCCUACUCGAAGAGGAGCUAAAAAACAACACGCGACUCUCCGAUUCAUACGGUCUAAACACUGAACAUUUAUCCACACUCACAUCAUUUCAAGUGGUUCAUUAUGUUUUAUCAGAUUCUGUAUUAAUAUGGGUGGCUAUUAACUAUUAUUUUACAAUGUUGGCGAUUGCGACGAGAGUUUUGAUUAAGGUUGUGUUCAAGGAAUUGUCGAGACAGGUUGGUGAUUUUCUGAUUUUAAGGGGAAAUCUGAUAAUUUGAAUAAUUGGAAUCCACGAAAAUUGUAAGCUUCAAUAUGAAUAUGGUUAGACACAAAAUUAUCAAAAAUACUCGUGGAUUUUGAGUUUUCUAGAAUCCUAGCUGAAUUUGUAAUUUUUAGCCCAAAAUUUCCUAUUUCCACGUGGUAUUUUACCUUAAGUUGCUCAUGUCUGGGCUCAAAUCGCUCAAAUUUUCACAAAAAUUACAAUACUCUCCCUAUAAUCAACUCACUUCAAAUUCUCUCAUUGUUUUUUUCCAGGAAGAAACAAUGGCCCGUCACGCCUUCUUCUCGUAUUGUCUUCUUUCCGUCGUUUAUUUGGCAGUUGUAAUGAAUCCACAACAAUCAAAUCGAGUUUUACCAUGGAUGGUUUGGACUGGAUUGUGUGGAUUUCUGUCAAGUAUGCAUUUUAUCACCUGCCAACGUCUCAAAUAUAUUUCACCGUCUGUCGGACAAGGCGGAUGGAAAAUGACAUUUUUAUCCAUGUUUUUGUUUGUUGUCUCGAUUUAUAUGUCGGUUUUGGUGCUCAAAUUCCAACAUCAUUUGACGUGGCAACCGGCACUGUUGUUGUAUAUUGAUGUGAGUUGUUUUGGGAUUAAAAUUGAUUCGGAAAUAUCGAGAAUUUCAGAUUUGAAAUGAUUAUAACUAUUUUUGGGCUUUUCUUUUCUUCAUACUUAAAUUGUUUUAACAAUUCGAAGUGGAUUCUUGAUUUCUCGAUAUCCCAAAAACAAAUUCUGAGCAUUAUGAGUCCGAAAAUACUCUUUUUGCUCCAAAUUUUAUUUUAAAAAUCUUCCAUAAAUAAUCUCACCUCACCCUCUCAAAAUCAACCCGAAAACCCUCAAUUUUUGCAGUGUCUUCUCGCAAUUGUCCGAUCAACCUACAUUCUUCUUCGUUGUAUGUCAUCUUCUCGAUUAUUCUCAUCUCGACCAGAUUCUGUCCGACAUUUUAACUAUUGGCUCGAAUUGGGAACCAAUAUUACGUGCGAAUUCCUGCAAAUGUUGAAUUAUGUGAGUUUUUUACCCGAAUUUUUACCCAAAAAUCGAUAUUUCAGGCUCAACUCACAUUGGUUUCGCCUGGAUUAAACCUAACUUGUAUUUUCUUCAUUUAUCAUAUCAAAUUAACCUACAGUUGUAUGAUUGAAUCAUUGAAUCGACACAAAAGUCAUAAGAGGAUUUUUGCGCAUAUUGAAACGACUUAUCCAUCGGUGAAAUGUGAAAAUAGUGAUGAUCGAUGUGUUGGUGAGCAUAUUUGGAGCAUUUUGAAACUACAUUUGAAUAUUUUAGCUGAAAAUCUGAACUUUUGUGGACAUGUUGAAUUUUGAGCUCUCAAUUUUCAGAAUUCCACGUGUAAAUUCAGAUAUACGAAAUCCUUUUAGAAUUCAAUAGAUUUGGACCUCAAAAUUGACAAUUUUCAGUUAGAAAUUUUUUUUAAAAUCAAGUUUUUCGAAAAAUUGAUAUUUUCAGGUUUAUUUUGAUUUGAAAACUAUUAUAUUCAACAAAUUUAUCCGAAAAUAGGGAUUUUUCCCCAAACCUGCAUUUUUGUACAAAUUUAUCAGCUCAAUCUUUGUAGCCGAAAAAUCCUUUGUACCAAACACAUUUCUAGUCAGAAAUUGGGUUUUUUUUUUUGAAAAACCAUACAAAUUCAAGAUUUCCCAUCAGAAAAUCUCGAAAAAUUCGGAUUUUUGCAGUGUGCUGGGAACUUCUCGGCGAAUCUCGUCGUCUUCCAUGCUCUCACCAAUUCCACGAUUGGUGUCUUAUGUGGUGGAUGGCUCAGGAUUCAUCAUGUCCAACUUGUCGAGUUCAACUUCCCUCGCCUUUAGAAUCCACGUCAUCAUCAAAUAUAAACAAUAAUAAUGGGGGAGGAUUGGUGGAUGCGAUAACUGCUGAACAAACCGGAAAUAAUACCACUUUCAGGUUUAAUGGAGGGUGAGUUUUGGAAAUUUUUGAAUAUAAAUUCAGGAAGCCUGGGGAGCCAAAAAUAGCCUGAAGUAUUUCUAGAUCAAUCUUUGCCUAGGGCUACAAUUUUCAAUUUAGCCUAACUUAUUUGUUUUUAAAGUAAUCCUAAGCUCUCAAAAGACCAAACUAAAUAUAAGCCUAUUUCUAACCUCGAUAAUUUCCAGCAAUUUCGCCUUUGUCCGUCUUCCUCCAUUUACCAUCGAAAUCUCAACAGGUCUCGGUCCAAUCUUUGGCCAAAUCAGUCAACCAACCGAAGAACAACUACAAUCAAUGUUGGAACAAGUUCGUGAAAUGUUUCCCCAAAUGUCGGCUGAUACGAUUUUGCAAGAUCUAAGAGGAUCUGGAUCGGCUCAGUCCACAAUUGAGAAUAUUUUGGAGGGAAGAAUUGGAUGGAAUAUGACGUCGCCGUUGUUGACAAAUGUUUUGGAGAAUGAUGAGACGGAAGAGGUAAGUGCGAAGCAGCAGAUUUUUUCAAAUUUCCAACCAAAUUUCUAUAUUUUUAGAGCGAAACUGAAAACGAUUUCGAAGAAUCGCUCGAAACCUCAACCGAAAGUAAUGAAGGAAGAGAAAGAACGUGGACGAAAAGCGAGUCGAGCGAAGAAUUGAGCUAUUUUGAAAUUCAAAGAGCCAAAAUGAUUGAGACUUAUCGAAAGUGAGCGAUUUUUGAAAUUUUGAUGAAAAAUCUAGAAUUUUUGGUGAAAAACUGAAAUUUGGAUUUUUCAAAAACGAUUGAUUUAAAACAUUCAGAAUUAAAAAUUUUUAUUUAAAAAAAAUCAGAUUUUUCCCAAAAAUUUCUGGAAGAAUUAUUUUAAAAUUCAAAAAAAUUGAAAAGUCAGUUUAAAAACUACCUUAAAAUCAAAAGUUUUCUUUCAAAAAUUUUCAAUUUUUUCCAGAAAAUAUCUUGCAUCUGAAAAAGCAGCCGAUCUCCGCGAAAAAGGUAUACUAGAAUAA